UUCUAAAAGUGGCUGCGGACUUAAUGAAUGUUGGUGCAUCUGCGCUCAUUCCUCGGGCAAGUAUUGGAGCCGUUUCCAGGAAAUCAAGCUCCUAAUAGAUGAGUGGUGCAGAAACCGAGCUCCCUCUCCUGGAAGGAGUAUGCACAGUACUUAGAAUUCCUCUGCAAGCUUGGAUCACCCAGAGCACAGUUCCGGUUUGCCCGCCCACGGCUACCGCUAUUUUGGAAGCGGUGGCCCGCGGGGAGGAGAACGCGGAGGACUUCCGGGAUCGCGGCCUUCCGUUGCCUGGGCAGCUACCUAGAAACUACAUCUGUAGCAUGCAGAAGAGAAGAGGAAGAACAAGCCGGAUCAGAAGGCGAAAGCUCAUCCGAGGUUCCGAGUCAAGAGGAGCGAAUGAGAGCCACAAGCCCGAAUUUAUAGAGCUAAAGAAGUGGCUGAAAGAUAGGAAUUUUGAAGACACAAAUUUAACACCUGCUCAAUUUCCAGGUACAGGAAGAGGACUGAUGACCAAGAAAUCCCUGCAGGAGGGACAGAUGAUUAUUUCACUACCUGAGAGUUGCCUGCUCACCACGGACACAGUGAUUCGAAGCUCUUUAGGGGUGUACAUCGCUAAGUGGAAGCCGCCUCCGUCUCCUCUGUUGGCUCUGUGCACCUUUUUAGUUUCAGAAAAGCAUGCCGGCGCUCGGUCUGUCUGGAAGCCUUACCUGGAUAUUUUACCCAAGUCCUACACCUGCCCUGUUUAUUUGGAGCCAGAAGUGGUUAAUCUUCUUCCCGAACCUUUAAAAGCAAAGGCCAGAGAGCAGAGAGCUUCUGUGCAGGAGUUCUUUGCUUCCUCCAGAGACUUUUUUUCUUCCCUGCAUCCUCUGUUUGAAGAGGCCAUUGACAGAGUGUUCAGCUACAGCGCCCUCCUGUGGGCCUGGUGCACUGUCAACACCAGAGCAGUGUACCUGAGGACCAGGAGGCGGGACUGCCUUUCCCCAGAGCCCGACACUUGUGCGCUAGCUCCUUACCUGGAUCUACUGAAUCACAGCCCACAUGUCCAGGUAAAAGCAGCAUUUAAUGAGGAAACUGGCUGUUACGAAAUUAGAACGGCUUCAAGUUGUAGAAAACAUGAAGAAGUGUUCAUCUGCUAUGGCCCUCAUGAUAACCACAGACUGCUCCUGGAAUAUGGAUUUGUUUCUCUCCGCAAUCCUCAUGCCUGUGUUUAUGUCUCAAGAGAAAUACUUGUUAGAUAUCUUCCAUCAACAGAUAAACAGAUGAACAGAAAGAUUGCCAUUUUAAAGGAUCAUGGUUUUAUGGAAAAUUUGACGUUUGGGUGGGAUGGACCAUCUUGGAGGUUACUCACAGCUCUGAAGUUGUUAUGUCUGGAAGCUGAAAAAUUUACUUGCUGGACAAAAGUACUUCUUGGAGAAGUAAUUUCAGAUACAAAUGAGAAGACAAGUUUGAACAUAGCGCGGAAAAUGUGUUAUUAUCUCAUAGAGGAGACUACUGCUGUGCUUCAAAAGGUUUCUCACAUGAAGGAUGAAAAAGUGUCUUUGAUAAACCAGCUCACUUUGGUGGAAACGCUGAGGAUGGAAGAGCUGAAAAUUCUCAAGGCCUCUGCCGAGACCCUCAGCAGUUUGCAGACCACUCUCACCUGACUUCCCUUUAGAUGGCUUUGAUCACUUCCUGUGCAAGUGAUUGGACUUUUAGGAGUAUCUUCCCAAGACAUGGUGGUGGCCACUCUGCUCCUAAGACGGCAUCUGCAGGGGACAGAAGAGGUCCUAGAAUCGGGGAGUUGUGGGUGAGGACACAUGUGCCAUCUGAGUGACACUUCUAACUCUCCACAAAAUAAACCAAAGUGCUGCAAGAAUUGGGAGGGAAAUCCAGACCAUAAGAGGGGAGGGAGGCUGUGAGGGAGGCAGGGGUCAGCCAGACCCUGGGUGUGCUGAGUCCUUUCGUGUCCUGUUGCCUUGCUUUUCACAUGCCCUGAUAGUGUCCAGUUAAAGCGCUGCUUGGCAGCUGGUGGCUUUGGUGUCUGGAGCUCGAGGCAGCCCUGGCCCUGUCCAGGUCUCCUGGACCUUCCCUGUGUAGGUGGCCUGAGAAGGGUGUUGAGGAGCCUUCCUGGGAGGCACUUAGAGUACCUACAAGGACUGAAUUUCCUGGCCUCUCAUAUGCCCAGUUAGGCUUUACUGAUGCUUAAUUUUGGGAGAAAGACUGCCUCAGCCAUGCUGUUCCUUCAGCUUUGUUCCGGCCUCUCUCCUGGGCAGCCCUUUCCACUUUGGGAGCCAGGCCCUGUCUUGCCCAGCAGUCCCUGAGUGGAUACUUCUGCUUGAUUCUGGGGUUCAGUCUAGGGCUAUUGACUUAAAGCCAUGGUGACACUUUGGUCUCUGUUUUACUCUUGCUUUUAUUUUUUGUCUCUCAGACCCAGGCUGAGGACAAGGGGACAUCUCCUUCAGAGCUGUUGAGUUCUGUGUAGCCUUUGGUGGCCCUUGAGGACAGUAAUAGAGUCAGGACUCAGAGUUUGCAGGUUGCCUGUCCGGGGACACCCACGCAGCUGCUGCUGUUGCCCAGAGUCCUCUUUCCCUGUGACGUUCCUCCUUUCCUAGAGCUCCAGUUGCUUUCUCAUUGUGGAGCUCGACAGAACCAAAUGAAUGGCUCCCACCUCAGAAGGCAGAGUCUAAACACACAUUUUUGGUAGUACAUCUGGAACAGCUCCCUAUUCACAUAGAGAUUGUGUUGAUUUUGUUUUUAAUACCUGGCUUGUUUCAUGAUAUGCUAUACUGGUGGUCAGCAAACACUCUAUGGAGGGCCAAAUAGUAAAUACUUCAAGUUUUCUGGAUUAUGCAUUCUGUCCCAGCUGUGCUGCAAAGCACCCGUAAGACAAUGUGUAAGCAAAUUGGUUGGCUGUGUUCUACUAAAACUUUGUUUUUAAUGAAGUUUGGUGACUUCUGUGCUGUACCAGAAUGUUUUUCCUGUCUUCUAUCCCCUUUUACACCUUUCAGAUUGAAAGUCUCCUUUGAAUGUUGGAAUCUUUGUAGACAUCAGAGGUAAUUAUUUUAGUCCUCCAAUGAUUAGGAGAAAAAAAACUAUAAUGACAAAAAGUAGCUUCUCAUAAUACAUUUACCAAUGAAUAUUUUAUCAUCCACAGCCAAUAUGAAGAAUUGUAAUUUAAGACUUUCAGUGUGUAGUCAGUGCUUAAUAUAUAUCCAUCUAUCUGUCUGUCUGUCUAUCUUAUCUAUCUGUCCAUCUAUCUAUCUAGGAAUAAGUGAAAUCUUAGGCCCCUCUGGCAAGAAAUCUGCCCCUGAGUCUGCAGCCCACUGUUCCCACGCCUUCCUGCCUCCUUGAGUGUUUUUACACAGCCAUGAUCAGGGCUGCAAACCUGUCUCUCCAUGUGGAGAGUCCCAGCCUGCGGAGCUCUUUACCCGUUGGCCCUGUUUUUUUCCUUAUUCUUGAGUGACUCCCCACUCCCGUUGUGCCCCUCUCCCCAAUACAUUUUCUUCCUUUUUUGUUGUCUUUUUGCUAGUGCCUUACAUGCACAUGAGGUCCUAAGCCCUCAAGCCUCAGUGGUAUCUGGUUACUGAGCUGUGGGUGGUAAACCUCCAGCUAACUAUGGAGGACCUGAGGGGACAGCACCCAGCAGUUAAGGAUGAUUUGAGGCAUUCCUCUGUAAUCCUGUAAGCUAAAAAUAGAAGAGGCUCUCUCAGACCUGGGGUGGAGGGGGAUUUAAGUGCUCCUGCCUGAAGGUAGAGACUGACAGUGACCUUUUAGGAAAUUGGAGCUUCAGUUCUGUAAAAAUGGCUUUCUUUUACCCCAUGCACCUGCUUGCUGCCCUGAGGGGUCCACAGAGGGGCCAUGGAGAUACCAAAGUAGGGAAUUCAUUUUAGCUCCUCACUUGGGAAGCAGCAGCUACAGACCCAUGUUGGGCAGUGGGUUUUGUCCCCAGCAUAGCACAGCAAGACCCGUAUUGAUUUGGUGGCUGACUGUUGAACAUAGGAGCUUUGUUAGAAAUGAUACCUGUGGGACCACUUGGAGAAGAACUUUUCUUAAGAGACCCAGGAAGACGUGGAUGAACUAAAGGAAAUAAGAACAUUAGUAGGGAAGAAGUGGGCUCAAUGGAUUUUUCUACAGCCCUACCCGAGUCCCCCACAUAGCAUACACAACACCAGGGUCCCCCACAUCAAAGCCAGUGUACCACACAGUGUACCAGUGUCCCCCGCACUGCGAGCCUGCUGCUGUCUCCUGUUGGCCCCACUCACCUUUUGGAGGCCUUUUCUCUGUCUUCAUCAUUUGUUAUCAUCCUGGUUUCCUUCUGUAUUGCUUUAACCUUAGGCUAUUAGUUUAAAAAACUCACAAAAUAAAAUGUA